AUGAAUCACUCGACCUCGUACGGCGGAUCGUUGGUGCAGAUCCAGACCCAGGCCACACCCUCGCCGCUGGGACGUCGCAUGCGACCAUCCGCCUCUGUGCCUGAUUUUACUCAGCAGUCGCAGCAGCAGCAGCAGCAACAAGAACCCCACGGCGGUGCUCCUUCCAACACGAGCUCGCCCCAGACAUCUCAACCGGGCACCGCACCGCGUAAUGUGCGCUUCACCACCGACGCGUCGGCCGGCAAUAGUCCGUUGUCGAGCUCGUCCCCGCGGAGAACACAGCUGUCCCAUUACCCCAACCUCGACCCUGGCGCGACCUCUUCCACGCCGUCGUCCUUCUCCCCCGUUCCGCUGACACGCGUGCUGUCGAAUGGAUCGACACCGCUGAGCCUCGCGCCCACCGCCUUGGGCUCGCCCUCGCCCCGAUUUCCGAUCGCAAGGCCCCUUUCGACCUCCGCAUCCGCCUCUGCCUCCGCCUCCCCUUCCAACUCGCGUGAGCUGUCCCACAUCAACACCAACAAGAGUGCGACACCGCAUCGGUCCUUCUCGUCGGGCUGGACAGCCGGCGCAGGCAACUCGACACCUGUCAAAGCCAUGGCACCCCUCGCGCCCGCCGCCGUGACCUCCUCCACCGUGGCGACCUCAGUGGCGGCCACACGCAGCAGUGCCGCGUCGUCACCGAAGCCGGAACUGUCGACGAUCGAACGAAGAGCCCUACCGCCCAUGACUCGACAGGAGGUCGCCCGGAGACUACGCACCAAUGCUGUCCUACUCGUGCUGUGGUGGAUUAGCUCCAGAACGCAGGUCUACAAGUGAGUGCGGACGUCCUCUGUCACAGCUCUUCGAUACUGAGACCGGCUCCUAACGCCCUCGACGCAGAUACACCUCUGACCACCUCUCCGACUUGCUACCCUCGCUCUCGACACCGUUGAACCUGCUCGAAAAGGGCCUUUUCAUCCUGCUCUGCUACAACGUCGCCGACUCGAUGCGCUCGCUCAACAGCCUCUCCUCUCUGACACCCCCGCGCCCCUCAACCCCAAGCAAAAGCUCCUCGUCACCCCAUCUGCUGCAUCGCACCGUUCCGGGCACACCGCAAUUUUCGGCGCCCGUGCAGUCGUCGCCCAAAACUCGCUCGACCUGCUUUGCCUCCCCUUCAAUCCUCCCCGGCGGAUCUCCUCUCGGAGGCAGCUCAUCGAUCAAUAGCAUGUCUGGAUCACCCACACGGACAUUCCGCGCUUCGGCCAUGUCGUCUCCCCAACCUCCUUCACCUCAAACUCCGGCAUCGUCGUCUCGACCGAUCGUUGCGAGUGCGCUGAGGAAAUCCUACGUCGGCGAGUUGAGGACGAACGCAUCGCCUUCGACGCAGGGAAGCCCAUUGGGUACACGAGGGGUAGCGGGGACGCCUACAAUGACGUCAUCGGAUACGGAAGAGAUGUCGAGUCUGAAGAGUAGUUUGAUUGCCUACAUGGCAAGGCACGAGCCGUCGAGUCGUGAGUUUCUUCAUUGCAUCUGGCCUCAGUGAUCCGGCACCAUGCUGACUUGGAGAGAUCAAUCGCGAUGCACAGCCCCAAAAAUCUCAGUCGAUUCUCAGGAAGCUAUUGAUAGGAUGUUCGAAUCAUCAUGA